AUGCAGAAAUUCAACCUUGAACCGGUGCCCAACGAUGAGGUUGGGAAUUUUUAUAAUGGCGACUCCUACGUCAUCUGCAAGGCGACGCGAAGUCCUGGUGGCGACAAACUGCUUUACAAUGUUCACUUCUGGAUUGGCAAACACAGCACAGCAGAUGAGUACGGCACUGCUGCUUACAAGACUGUUGAAUUGGACACCUUCCUCGAUGACGCUGCCAUCCAGCAUCGUGAGGUCGAAGGCUAUGAGUCGCCUCUCUUCAAGAGCUACUUUGACAAGCUUGUCAUCCUGAAGGGCGGCUACGCCUCUGGUUUCCGCCAUGUUAAGCCAGAAGAGUAUAGACCGCGUUUGUUGCGCUUUUGCAAGGAAGGAAAAACCACUUACAUGCGCCAGGUGUCCUUCAGCAAACAAUCGGUCCACUCUGGCGACGUCUUUAUCCUGGAUCUGGGAGACCGUGCUUACCAGUUCAAUGGCUCUCAGUGCUCUGCCUUUGAGAAGAGUUCGGCCGCAGCUUUUCUGCAAGAUUUGGAGAGCAAACGCAAUGGACGCUGCAAGACUUCUGUCUUGGAUGAGGCCCAUACACCACAGGACGUAAGUUGUUCAACCACUGGGGACUCAUUUAAUUUUUUCCUUUCUCCUCACAGCACGAAUUCUGGACUGUGCUACCUGAUGUGCCGGUCGAAGAGCCCGAACCUCCUAAGGAGAUUAUCAAGUCUCUUUACAAGUGGGUCCAAUUUUUUUAGGCAUGACGAUGGUUCUAGGGUCUCUGAUGCUAGUGGCAAGAUGGAGCUGACGAUUGUGAGCGAAGGCUCGGCUUCCAAACACGAUAUUAAGCCUGACGAUGUCUAUAUGAUCCUUACAAAGGAGGGUCUCUUCGUCUAUAUAGGCAAGGGAUGCUCUGUUUUGGAGAAGAGGAAUGCUCUUUCAAAUGCCCACAAAUUCUUGCAGACUUGUCCCAAUCCCUUCUUGCCCAUCACCGUCGUGACCGAUGAGCAGGCGGAAUCAUUCCUGAGGGGCAUUUGGGAUGAGUAG